GCCUAGAAGUAUCAUCAGGGAUGAUAGUAACCCACUGUGUACCCAACUGCCGGUGGGCUUUAAACCUCCUCCAGUGUCUCACCAGCUCCCCGGCCCCAUCUUUUUUUCCUCAAGAAGAAAACACUGAGGCUAAUGAGCCAUUCAACAACUCCAACAACAUAGUUUUUCGCCCCCUCAUUAAAUCCAGAAAAAACUGCCGGAGGGACUCCAUCGGCGCGCAGGCGUACGGUUUUUUUUUUGUUCUUAUUCAAAACAAUGAAUAUAAAAAAAUGGUGAUGCUGGAGAUGGCUCCAGUACCUCGCUGACGUUCAAUCCGACAAUUUGUGAUUAUUCGAGUGAAUAUAAUUAUCUGUGAUCGAAUGAGCACUGUGAUUCACCGGGAUAAAUUAUACCUUGGGAGUUUAGAUUAUUUUUCUCUAACGAAGAAUUAUGCAAAUGACCACCGAUAUCGUUGGGAUUUGUCCAGGAGGCGGGGGUAAUUUGACGGUUUAGGGACAAGAGAUGAUUCUGCUGCAAGUUUGAUAGACAGCCAAGAUGCUGAUUAAGGAGUACAGGAUACCACUGCCGUUGACGGUGGAGGAGUACAGAAUUGCUCAGUUGUAUAUGAUAGCGAAAAAAUCGAGAGAGGAGAGCAAAGGUGUCGGCAGUGGUGUAGAAAUAAUAGAGAACAAGCCGUACACAGACGGUCCAGGCGGCAAUGGCCAGUACACCCACAAGAUCUACCACGUCGGUUCCCACCUCCCCGGUUGGUUCAAAAGCCUCCUCCCAAAAUCAGCCCUGACAGCCAAAGAGGAAGCCUGGAAUGCCUAUCCCUACACCAAGACCCGUUACACGUGUCCCUUCGUUGAAAAAUUCUCCGUUGAAAUUGAAACCUACUACUACCCCGACAAGGGACACCAGGAAAAUGUCUUCAAACUCUCUGGAAGUGAUUUACGCAAUAGAAUAGUCGAUGUCAUUGAUAUUGUCAAGGAUCAGCUGGUCGGUGCUGAUUACGUAAAAGAGGAGGAUCCAAAGUUGUAUGUCUCCGAGAAGAGUGGUAGGGGGCCCCUGGGAGAGACUUGGCUCGAGGAUUACUGGUCAGAAGUCAAGGGAAAGAGCCAGCCAACGCCGUCAGGAAAAUCACUGAUGUGUGCCUACAAAUUGUGCCGGGUUGAGUUUCGCUACUGGGGUAUGCAAACAAAGCUUGAAAAGUUCAUUCAUGACGUAGCCCUUCGGAAAACAAUGGUAAGGGCGCACAGACAGGCGUGGGCCUGGCAGGACGAGUGGAUAGGACUGACGAUGGAGGACAUCAGAGAAAUCGAGAGACAGACGCAGGAGGCGCUCAAGAAGAAGAUGGCAGCCCUCGAGGCUGCUGAGAGAGGCGAAUCAAUGGAGAACUAUGAGGACGAAAAUUAUGACGAGGACAGCAAGAGCAAUUCUGUUGCAACACCUCAGGAGCAGACUGAUGUCGCUAAGACCCUAGCUGCUACACUUGGUAGUAUCGAGAAAAAUGAGGAUCCUCAGAGUCCACCGUCCAUCAGAAAGCCAUCUGACAUUCCUAUUAUUAAUACUAAUAUGAGCUCUGAGGGUGAUGCCACACCCGACGACUCACCAACUCAACAAUUACCAAGUUCGAAAGCACCAGAAGACAAAUCAGACUUCAACAAGAAACCUUGGAAGCGCACGAGUCAAACAAUCCACUCACCAAGUUCAGCUAAAUCCUUUGACAUUCAGAUAGCCAAUUGGAGAAUGGAGAGCAUUGUCCGUGAAUCCGAAUCCGGUAGUGAGGAUGAAUUUUUCGAUUGUCAAGAGGAUUUUGGGGACAAUACCUCCCUAGCGAAAUGGAGUUCAAUGGAUCUUCUAGCGGAGAAGGACCAGGACUCAACGUCGCCAACAGCGCCUCCCUCGGACAAGUACGAAGACAGCAUUUUCUCCCACUCCUACCUGCAGCGAGUAACGAGCGAGGGGAAUCCCAGAAGACUGCACAUAAGGAGCUCAGCGAGUAUAGACGUCUCGUGUCCGCCCUCGCCGAGUCACUCCCCCACCCACCAGCCGUGUCGCACGACAGUUCUUCUGAUAGUGAUGCACGCCGGAAGUGUUCUGGACGCUAAUGUCGACUUGACAGCCAAAAAAUCCGACAUAACGACGUUUCGAGGUGCUUUCGAAUCAGUCAUGAGACAGCACUACCCGAGCAUGGUGGGCCACAUUGCCGUGAGGUUGGUUCCCUGUCCGUCGAUCUGCACCGAUGGCCUGGGGAUCCUCUCCAGCUUGAGCCCUUACUCCUUCGACGUGUCUCCAAGCUGCAUUGACACCCCCCAAGUCACCCACGACACCAUUCCCAUAGGAGCUAUACCACUCCUUGCCAGUUGUGCACCUGAGUAUCAGGAGGCUGUGUCCAAAGUGGUGAUCGGAGCAAACCAGAUUUACCACGAGUUCAUCAGGAGCGAUGAGGGCAAGGGCUUUGCGGGACAGGUGUCCUUCGUCGGGGAUUCUGUCGGUUCAAUCCUCGCUUACGACGCCCUUUGCCGAACAGUUCAGUAUCAGUCGAGGCAUGGAAGUGAGAAUAGCAUUCUCGAUAAUGACAAUCAAACUGGGGAGAAUGGGGGCGUCGAGGACGGCCGGCAUUUGACGGCCCCCACACCCAGGAGAAGAUCAUCGUCCACGAGUGAUAACUCUGGCCACUGCAAACUGGACUUCGAAGUCAGCGAGUUCUUCAUGUUCGGUAGCCCCUUGGCCCUUGUUCUCGCGUACAGAAAAAUCUCAUCGACCGGUGAAAAGAGUAACAUACAGAGGCCUCUGGUCAAUCAAGUUUACAAUCUCUUCCACCCAACUGAUCCUGUUGCCGCUCGACUGGAGCCCCUUAUCUCCGCUCGAUGUUCACUUUUGCCUCCAGUCAACGUCGCCAGGUAUCAGAAAUACCCACUGGGGAAUGGACAGCCUUAUCACUUACUGGAAGCCAUUCAAACAAAUCCCCAGCUCUUCGCGGAGGGAUUGAAUGCCCCAACGACGCCUCUUCAACAUCUCCGUCGAUUAUCCGAUAUAUCGAUUCAGAGCACAAUGUCUGGUCUGAUUGAUAAUGUACCUCUCCAGGCUGUCUCAUCACUGACGCAGAAAUGGUGGGGCAACAAAAGAAUAGAUUACGCCCUGUACUGUCCCGAGGGUCUUGCAAAUUUUCCAACAAAUGCACUACCACAUUUAUUUCACGCCAGCUACUGGGAGUCUUCCGACGUUAUCGCCUUUAUUCUCAGGCAAAUUGGUAGAUUCGAUCUGCCAAUGCUGGGUGGUGAGGAGAAAGAACUCGCCUGUUUCCGUCCAGGUCAGCCCAGGGAGAAAUGGAAUAGAAAGCGAACUUCAGUUAAACUCAAAAAUGUAUCAGCCAAUCACCGAGCAAACGACGUAAUAGUGAAAGAAGGUACUCCCCAAGUUCUGAUUGCCAGAUUUAUGUACAGUCCCAUAGACGUGAUAGCUCUGACCGGUGAGAAGGUGGACAUUCACGUGAUGAAGGACGCACCAGCGGGUGAGUGGACCUACCUCUCAACCGAGGUAACCGACAAAACAGGAAGAAUAACCUACAGGAUCCCAGACGAGAAGGCCCUGUCCUUCGGACUCUACCCCAUAAAAAUGGUGGUGAGAGGUGACCACACGUCGGUCGACUUCUUCAUGGCAGUGAUCCCCCCCAACACAGAGUGCGUGGUCUUCAGCAUUGACGGUUCCUUCACCGCAAGUAUGUCAGUGACCGGAAGAGAUCCCAAAGUGAGAGCAGGCGCUGUUGACGUGGUCAGGCACUGGCAGGAGCUAGGCUACUUGAUAAUUUACAUAACAGCUCGCCCUGACAUGCAGCAGCAAAAGGUCGUGUCCUGGCUGUCACAGCACAAUUUUCCACACGGUCUCGUGUCAUUCGCCGAUGGCCUCUCCACUGAUCCCCUCGGUCACAAAGCAGCUUAUCUCCAUAAUCUCGUGGAGAAUCAUGGCGUCAUUAUCCAUCAGGCUUAUGGAAGCUCCAAAGACAUCACUGUGUACACGGCGAUUAAUUUGAAGCCAAAGCAGAUUAUCAUUGUUGGAAAAGUAUCGAAGAAACAACAGGCACUCUGCACUGUUCUCAUUGAGGGCUAUGCUGCUCAUCUGAGCCAACUUCAAUCUCACGGUGGAUCAAGACCAGCUCAAGGCAAUGCCAGAAUGGUCAUCCCCAGAGGACAAUUUGGCCUACCUGGGCUCAACGCAUCCCUGAGACGCAGAAGUUCUUUUAGAACGACGAAACGCGCCAUUUCGCAGCCGGCUGCAUUUAGUGGUAAACCAGAGGCCCUCGAGAGGAGCACGAGUGUUGGACCUCAUGGCGCACCGAGAUCAGCUCCACCAACUAAAUCUGCAGCACCGGAAAAAUUAUGACGUUUUGCGCGCUGCCGUUCCUUCUUCGAGUCACGGCAGCCGGAAAAUCGUUAAAAACACGCUCCAAAAUAAAUGGACAGAAAGUUGAGUGCAGAUUAAUAGUUCCGGAGUGAAGUCGUCAAUCGGUUUAAGUCGACUCAGCUCCCAGUUGAGUUUUUGUUGAAUAACUCGGAAUUUAAGAGAGAUAGCGAAAUUUUUGUAAAAUCUUUUUCGAUAGCCUUCACUUUUCUUUACAAAAAAGAUUUAUAGGAAAAUUUUGCUAACUCCU